AUGCCAAUAUUAGUGUACUUUAAAGUCAGAUGUGAGACACAUUCAUAAUAAGAACUUAGAAUUGUAGGAGAUGUACCAGCAUUAGGAAUGUGGAAUCCAUUUAAUAGUUUGAGUUUGCAUACUAAUAAUGAAAUAUACCCUUUUUGGGUAGGAUAAUUUUAUGAAGACUUAGAAUAAAGUAAAAUUGAAUCUAAAUUAUUAGACACUCUAAUACAAUUUAAAGCAGUUAUAAUUGAAUGUGAUGAAAUUGUUUGGGAAUAAAGCGAGAACAGGGCUAUACAAAUUAGAUACUAAUCUUAGAGUGUUCUAUUUACUUAUAGUGGCACAUUUACAUAGAUGGUCAAAAUUUAAUCAUUUUAUGAUUAACCAUCUGAUUCUGAAUCAGAAUCAAUUGAUAUUAGUAUAUUUAUAUAUUAAUAAAUAAUAGAAGGUGCAAGAAAAAUUUAUCUUUAAACAUCUAAACAUCCUUAUGAUUAUGAGUUUGUGAGUUCAGUAAAAAUACUUAUUUUAAUUAGGAAUCUGGACAAGAUUAAAAUGACAAUUUAAGUUUUCAAAAAUCAAGUGUUAAUUCAAAGUCUUCUAGUUUAGAAUAAUUAGAUAAUCAUGAAAGUCCUUAAUAAAAAUUUAUCCACAUUUCUAGUUUUAGAUUCUGA